AUGGCGUUGCAACGUGUGACGCCAGAGUUAUUGGACUGGCAGAAGAUGUGUGAAGAUGAGUUUGUGGAAACGCAAAAAGAGCGGAUAAAAGUGCUGAUGGAUUAUCUCCGCAUGGAGCAAGGUGUUAUUAUGAAAGCAACGAAUCGUUAG